AUGUGGUGCCGGGCAGAGGGAGCAACAGUUGUUCCUUCACGAACCCAGGUCGGCGUCUCUCCCAGCGUCCUGCUGGUCGAGGCGUUUUAUGGCGGCUCUCACAAACAGCUGAUCGACCUUUUGAAGGAGAACGUUGACGGCUGCUCUGUCUUCACGCUGCCCGCCAAGAAAUGGCACUGGAGAGCGAGAACAGCCGCUCUGUACUUCAGCCAGACCAUUCCUGCCUGUUCGUCUUACAGGGCUCUGUUUAGCAGCUCAGUACUGAACCUGUGUGAGCUGGUGGCUCUCAGACCCGAUCUGGCCCGGCUGAAGAAGGUCCUGUACUUCCACGAGAACCAGCUGGUCUACCCGGUCCGGAAAGACCAGGAGCGAGACUUUCAGUAUGGAUACAACCAGGUGCUCUCAUGCCUGGUGUCAGAUGUGGUGGUCUUUAACUCCCGCUUCAACAUGGAGUCCUUCCUGUCCUCCAUCCCGUCGUUCAUGAAGAAGAUCCCAGACCACAGGCCCAAAGACCUAGACCGGCUGAUCCGUCCGAAGUGCGUGGUUCUGAGCUACCCGGUCCAGUUCCCUGACAUCACCAGUCUGCUGCCUGAGCACAAACUCAGACGUCUUCGGCGCCCUGCAGCGACGUCUCAGAGCGAUCGUCGUAUCGUCACGUCGCAGACCAAUCAGCAGCAGACAUCACGGUGUAAGGAGGAUCCAGCUGAGUCUUCAUCUGAACCAAGAAGCGUUCCGACUCCUGUUCAGCACCCAGAGCCGGUGGACCAGGCGGACCCUCUCCACAUCGUAUGGCCUCAUAGGUGGGAACACGACAAGAACCCUGAGCUGUUCUUCAGCACUCUAAUCAAACUGAAGGAAAAACAGCUGGACUUCAAGCUGUCAGUGCUGGGAGAGACAUUCACCGAUGUGCCAGAGAUCUUCUCCUCCUCGCAGCGUCUCCUUCAGUCCCACAUCCUGAACUGGGGCUUCCUGUCCAGUAAGGACCAGUACCUCAAAGUGCUGUGUGACGCAGACGUGGUCGUCUCAACCGCCAGACACGAGUUCUUCGGCGUGGCCAUGCUGGAAGCUGUUCACUGUGGAUGUUUCCCUCUGUGUCCAAAGGCUCUGGUGUAUCCUGAAAUAUUCCCAGAUCAGUAUUUGUACUCGACCCCUGAGCAGCUCUGUAAGCGGCUGCAGGAACUCUGCAAGAGACCUGACCUCGCCCGUAGACACGUCAUCAUGGUGGACACCUCUUUGUACUCCUGGACCUCCCUGAAAACACAGUUCAAGGGUCUUCUGUCUGCUGAAGGUUCCUGAACGCACCACCAUGCUGGGGUGUUCAAUUAUCCCUGAGGUGUGGGUCAGAGCAAGUUCUGGUCAGAGCUGGGGUGGAUCAGGUGAACUUUAAAGCUCAUUCUGGAUCCAGACUGAGGUUAGAGACUCUGAUGCUGGACCAGAAAUAUCUCCUCCGCCCCUGAAACUGGAAUCUCACUGCAGGAAUAAGCAGUCGGGUCGAUGUUCUAGUUCGGGUUCUGAUGGAUUUACAGAUGCUUGCUGUACACAAAUGUCUGUAGAGGUUAAGUUCACAUCAACCUUUUACUGUUUUUAAUAAAAGACCAAAAAUAA